CGGUGUUUGGGGAGCAGUGGGUGUCUUUAAGAGCUUCUUUCUGCUGCUCGCUGGUGUCAGGUUAGAGAGGCACGAGCCACUGAAAUACUCACGAGAACAGAGAUUCGCGAAUCGUAUUGGAAAUACGUUAAUUUUCACACACAAUUAGGAUAUACUGCCAUCGGGAAACCUGGACAACAUGCAGUUGCCAAAGUCACGGGCUUAUGCUGUCAGUUUGACGCUGCUCUCCGUUCUCAGCUCGGCAAUGUGCGCCAGUCACUACAGCUGUGAUGGAUCUCUGGCAUCUCUUCUGCCUGCAACCUCCUUUCAGAGCUCUUCACAUUUCUCAGACAGUCGGGCUGCGUACUUUGCCAAAUUAAACAAAAGAGACGGAGGAGGUGGGUGGAGCCCAGAGUCGACAGACAGGUCGCCCUGGCUGCAAGUUGACCUCCAGGACCGAAUGGAGGUGACAGCGGUGGCCACGCAAGGUCGUCACGGCAGCACGGAUUGGGUCAGUGCCUACAUGCUCCUGUACAGUGACACAGAACGUGUCUGGAAGCAGUACAUGUUGGAGGACAAUGUUGGGAGGAUCGUGGGUAACGUGAAUCCAGACAGCGUCGUCCACCAUAAACUCAGCCAGUCUAUCAGAACCCGGUUCCUCCGCUUCGUUCCUCUCGAGUGGAGCCCCAGUGGUCGGGUGGGCCUCAGGGUGGCUGUGUAUGGCUGUGCUUACCGAUCAUAUGUGGCUGAUUUUGAUGGCAGAAGCUCUUUGCUCUACCGAUUCAACCAAAAGUCUAUGAGCACGGUGAAAGAUGUUAUAUCGCUGCGAUUUAAGAGUCGACAGGCAGAAGGUGUUUUACUGCAUGGAGAAGGCCAGCGAGGAGAUUAUAUCACUCUGGAGCUUCAUCGUGGCAGGCUGGCCUUGCAUCUAAACCUGGAUGACAGCAGGGUGAGAUCCAGCAGUGCUCGUAUGGUGGUCACUCUAGGAAGUCUCCUGGAUGAUCUGCACUGGCACUCUGUUCUGAUCGAACGCUUUAACAAGCAGGUCAACUUCACUUUGGACAGACACACUCAGCACUUUCGGACCAAGGGUGAUGGAGACUCUCUAGAGGUCGACUAUGAGCUAAGCUUUGGUGGGAUCCCACUGCCAGGUAAACCAGGAACCUUCAUUCGACGUAACUUUCAUGGCUGCAUGGAGAACCUCUACUACAAUGGAGUGAACAUCAUUGACUUAGCAAAACGGAGAAAACCUCAGAUAUACAGUGUGGGCAACGUGACCUUUUCCUGCUCGGAACCACAGCUGGUGGCCGCCACAUUUCAGAGUUCCAGCAGCAGCUUUCUGUCGCUGCCAGCACCUGCACCGAUCCUGGAGGGCCUUUCGGUGCGCCUGCAGUUUCGCACCUGGAACCCUGAUGGCCUGCUUCUGUCCAGUCCACUGAUCUCUGGUCAGGAGCCCCGUUACCUGAUUUUGCAGAUCAACAGUGGGCGCCUCCACCUCACACACCAGACAUCAACGCUGAAGAUGUCAGAGGUGUCAGCUGGUCAGAGGGUGAAUGAUGGUUUGUGGCAUUCAGUGAGUGUCAACGCUAGAGGUCUGCAAGUCAUCAUGACCCUGGACAGUGAGCCCUCAUCCACCAUACAACUGAAGAGCUACCUGGAACCAAAAGACAAACACUAUUUUGGAGGAUGUCCUGUAUCCCAGAACGACUCCAGCUGCUUGAAUCCCACGAUGGCCUUCCAAGGCUGCGUCCGGCUCAUCCUUGUUAACAACCAACCUGUUGAUCUCCUGUCAGUCCAGCAAGGUCAUCUAGGAAGCUACAAUCAGCUACAGUUUGACUUAUGUGGCAUUCGUGACAGGUGUCUGUAUAAUUUCUGUGAGCAUGGCAGCCGGUGUUCCCAGACGUGGUCUUCUUUCACUUGUGAUUGCACUGGUACAGGAUACAGUGGAGCUACGUGCCAUAACUCUGUCUAUGAAGCGUCAUGUGAACACUACAGGCUUGCUGGAAGCACUUCUGGAUAUUUCUCUAUAGAUCCUGAUGGAAGUGGCCCUCUUGAUCCUAUUCAGAUCUACUGUAAUAUUACAGGGAACAAAGUGUGGACUGUGGUUCGUCACAACAGCUCGACUGCUGUCAGAGUACGCGGCUCUACACUGCAGAAGCCACAUGUUGGAUGGUUUAAUUAUAGCGCCUCAUCUGAACAGCUGAAGGCCCUGGUGUCUCUGUCAGAACACUGUGAGCAGAGAAUCGCCUACCACUGCAGAAGGUCAAGGCUGUUUAACCCCUGGGACGGCACCCCUUUGUCCUGGUGGGUGGACCGCAGAGGAGAGAAGAGGACCUACUGGGGUGGAUUCCAGCCGGGGGUGCAGCAGUGCUCCUGCGGUCUGGAAGAGAACUGUGCUGACAUGAACUACUUCUGCAACUGUGAUGCAGACAGAGUGUCAUGGGAGAAUGACACCGGCGUUCUCUCAUAUAAGGAGCACUUGCCAGUGCGAGAGAUUGUGGUUGGCGAUACUUACAGACUGGGCUCUGAAGCCAUGUAUAUUGUGGGACCCCUGCAGUGCUCUGGUGACAAGUUCCUGUGGAACGCUGUAUCUUUUUACCAAGCGGCUUCAUAUCUGCAGUUCCCGGCUGUCCAGGUGGAGCUUUCCCUCGAUGUCUCCUUCUACUUCAAGACUGCUUCUCCCUCUGGGGUCUUUCUGGAAAACAUGGGCAUUCAAGACUUUAUCAGGGUUGAGCUGAGCUCUCCCUCAGCUGUGACUUUCUCCUUUAAUGUGGGCGACGGGCCAGUCGUCCUGACGGUCAAGUCUCCUGUGCCACUGAACGACAGGCAGUGGCAUUGGGUUCGAGCCGAGCGCAACGUGAAAGAAGCAUGCCUGCAGGUUGACCAGCUGCCCCUGCGGAUCAUAGAAACCCCACCUGAUGGACACCUUCGACUGCAGCUAGGAAGCCAGCUGUUUGUUGGGGGGACAACGACAAGACAAAGAGGCUUUCUUGGAUGCAUUCGAGCAUUUAACAUGAAUGGAGUGAAUUUUGACUUGGAGGAACGGGCAAAAGUGACACCAGGAGUGAGUUCAGGGUGUGCGGGUCACUGCAGCAGCUCAGCCGGACUUUGUCAAAAUCGGGGGAAAUGCAUUGAGAAAAGCAGCGGUUACAUGUGCGACUGCACUAACUCUGCUUAUGGUGGACCCUCUUGCACAGAAGAGGUGUCCAUGUCCUUUGAAAGAGGAGCGUCGGUCACCUACAUUUUUCAGGAGCCGUUCUCUGUCAUACAGAACAGGUCGGCCGCAGUGCUGUCUGUCCCUUCUCAGUACAGCAAGACCAGAGACAACAUGGCACUGAGUUUCCAGACCACACAGAGUCCCGCCAUGCUGCUCACAGUCAACACUCUCAGCCAGCAGUAUGUGGCCAUCAUCUUAGCACGGAACGGGAGUUUACAGAUCUGGUACCAACUGCAUAAGGAGAAGACACCGGAUGUGUUCAGCCCCAUUUUGAGCAGCCUGGCAGAUGGACGCCUGCAUAGAAUUCACAUCCAGCGGGACGGAAAGGACGUGUUUGUUCAGGUUGACCAUGAAAACAAGAAGUACACCCUUUCAUAUGAUGCAGCAUUUAACUCUAUGAAGUCACUGACCUUGGGAAAAGUCACAGGAAGUGAUGCAUUGGAUGACGAGGUAGCUCAUGCUGGGUCCAAAGGCUUUAUUGGCUGCUUCUCAUCUGUCCAGUACAACCACGUUGCUCCUCUGAAGGCAGCGUUAUUGAACCGAGGAAGCUCUCUAGUCAGCAUACGAGGACAUUUACUGGAAUCGAAUUGCGGAGCAUUAGCUGACCUUUCAACCUCUGUAUCUCGUCUAGAUCACGGACAGGAGGUGGGAAAAGAUAACGAGCACCACGAAGACGACAGCCAGCCUGAUUCAGCUGUAAUCGGAGGUGUGGUGACAGCUGCGGUCUUCAGUACCCUCUGUGUGCUGGCAGUGAUGACUCGAUUCCUUUACCAACAUCGACAAGCUCAAAGAACUGCAAGACUCCAAGAAAAGGAACACCAACGUAGCCUUGAAGCUGCUUACAGGGCAGAGUUUCACCUUCACAACUCCAUGAGGGACAGCAUGCAAGAGUACUACAUCUGAUGGACAAUCUCGUAGCUUUCAGUUCAGCUAUCAGUUCCUCCCGUGUCUCCUUCAGCAAACGUGUCGUGAGGCCCUUUCUGUCCAGUAAGGAUGGAGAUUUCCUCGCUUUGGGAAGAGUGGAAUCUUCUGAUCUGUGUAAGUAGUAGCUUGUAGUUUUCACAGUGCUUGCCCCAAGUGUUGGAUUAAUCAACAUUAGGUUAUUUAUGGGAUGUGAGUGGUGUGUUAGGAGGUGUUUGUAUUAAUUCAAUAAUAUGCCCUCUGGAUAGAAACUAAAAUGGAGAGUGUCAUCUUUAGUGCAUGAAUGCAGAUUCUGAAGUGUUAAUCAUACUGUUAACGGAACAAAACAAAGUAAACACACAUAUUUUAAGCCUGUGAACAUUUUUAGGUUGCCAGAAACAUCUUUAAAGUGGCAACAUUUGUGAGAGGAAGUCCUGGUACACUAUUUAAAUAGUAUAACGCUUCAGGUGGAGGACAGUAGCCUGUCCAAACUCGGUUUACAAUUUUACGUUACUCUGCCUCGUAGCUAAGAAUAAAAUGUGUCCGUGUGUAAACAUGCAGGACAAUUAUCAUUUGCCCUUAAGAAAUUAUUUUAGUUUCACAAAGAAGCUGCUACAGAGACCAAACUCAUUCAGUGAAGUGACUUGAUUUGCAGAAAUAUUGUAGAGUUGAACAUGAUGCUUCCUAAUGUGACAUUACCUGUCUGUGUUAUGAUGUGAAAUAUCUGCCAUUUUGAUAAUGAACAAAUUCUAAGAGGUCAGUAAGAGGUUUUUAAUUAGUGCUUUUAUUCUGUAAGGAUGCACUGAAUUGAUCAAAAGUGACAGUAAAGAUAGUUAUGUUAAUAUUUUAAAAAUGUUUUUUAAAUCUUUUAUUUAUCAAAGAAUCCUAAAAAAAAGUAGCAGUUUCCACAAACAUGUUAAACAGCAUGACUGUUUUCAACAUUGAUAAUUAAAAUGUUUCUUGAGGAGAAAAUCAGCGCAUUAGAAUGAUUUCUGAAGGAUCAUGUGAUGCUGAAGACUGAAGUAAUGACUGCUGAAAAAUUCAGCUUUGCAUCACAGGAAUGAAUUACAUAUAAAAUAUACAUAAUUUACAGAUAAUGUACUCAUCCCCUUGUCAUCCAAGAUUCAUGUCUUUGUUUCUUCGGUCGUAAAGCAAUUAUGUUUCUUGAGGAGAACAUUUUAGAAAUGUGCUCCAUAUAGUGGACUUCUAUGGUGCCCUUGAAUUUGAACUUCCAAAAUGUAGUUUAAAUGCAGCUUCAAAGGACUCUAAACAAUCCCAGCCAAGUAAGAAGGGUCUUAUUUACUGAAACUAUCAGUUAUUUUACAGUUUAUAUACAGUUUAUAUACUUUUUAACUUGUCUUGCUUGUCUUGUCUAGCUCUGUGAUGCGCAUGUGAACUCUGUGUAAUCCGGGUCAAUACAGUUAGGGUAUGUUGAAAAACUCCCACCUCAUUUUCUCUUCCAACUUCAAAAUCACCCUACAUCGCUGUUUUAACCUUUUUGUAAAUGAUGUUUGACCCUCCUUGCACGUUCACUUUCACUUUGUAAACACUGGGUCGGUACUUCUGCAAACGAUGUAGGACAAUUUUAAAGUUGGAGGAGAAAAUGAGAGGAGUUUUUCGACAUACCCUAACUGUAUUGACCCGGAUUACACAGAGUUUGCAAGAUUUGAGCAUUUGAGGUUAAAAAGUGUAUAAAUAUAACUUCUUUUAAAAAAAUAACUAAUUGUUUCGCUAGAUAAGACCAUUCUUCCUUGGCUGAGAUCGUUUGGAGCCCUUUGAAGCUGCAUUUAAACUACAUUUCGAAAAGUUUAAACUCACGGGCACCAUUAAAGUCCACGAUAUGGAGAAAAAUCCUUAAAUGUUUUCCUCAAGAAACAAUUUCUUUACGACUGAAGAAAGAAAGACACAAACAUCUUGGAUGACAAGAGGGUGAGUAAAUUAUCUGUAAAUUUUUGUCUCUUUUAAAAUAACAAAAAGAAAAUCUAAAUUUCACAAUAUUACUGUUUUUGCUGUAUUUUUGAUCAAAUAAAUGCAACCUUGGUGAGCAUAGGAGACUUCUCUCAAAAACAGUUUAAAAAAUCUUACCAACCCCAUACUUUUAAACAGUAGUGUGAGUCUAGAUUGACUGAGUUGUUCUAGUUACCCGGAUAUGUGUCUAUUUUGAAGAGUUGUGAACUGAUGAUAGAAAUUUCCUGGUGUUUAACCUUGCUGUGUUACAUUAACAGUGUAAAUCAUUAUCACAGAUGUGAAUUGGGGUGAAAAUGGUGUCGUAGGAUGUCCUCCGCUCCCUGUGACAAUCUGACCCCAUUUACAUCUGCUAUUAUCAUUUGUUUCUGUUGGCCCAACAUUAUCAUGCAGUGACACAGAAGUGCAUGUGAAGUCUAACUAAAAUAUAUUGAGCAUUCCACUAGAAAUCAGAGACCAUUCCUUUGAAAUCCAAUCAUCUUUGAGAUCAGAGAUCAGAUCACCCGAGAUGGAUGAUAAUAUCAGGUGUCUUUGUCGUCCCUGUCUAAAAUCGUAAAUGCCACUGAAUCUCCACCAUCAGUUCACAGCAUCUAAAUGAUAAGAAUAACACUAGACAUCCUUCAAUGAUCUGGAUAACCGAGAAUCUUCACAGACAAUUCUGAGUAGGUCGUAACUAUAGCAGGUAGUCCUUUAAUAUUUGCCUGUAAUACAACAUCAGUAUUGACUCUGAACAAAAGAUUUGGUUGCACAUUAUUUCACAGUACGUACUGUAAGUGCUUACAAUGUACUUAACCUACUGGGUAAUUACAUGGGUUAAGGUUAGGUUUAAGUACAUGCAGAACAGAACUGUAAAAUAAAGUGCUACCAAAAAUGUUGUCAUGCUUAUAGAUUUUUACCUGUGGUUGUUAACCACUUCCUUGAACGUCUAUCAAAUAAACACAAGAAGUGUUAACUGUUCUUUACUCCAAUACACAAGAUAAUCUUCAUACAGUAAGUGGCAUUGUAUUAUUAUUUUUUCCCCCAGAUGAUCUUGCAUUCUUUUUCCCAGGUAACACAGAGAUAGUUGUAUUAUGUAGGAAUGGACUGACAGAUCUUUCUCUUUCUCUUUGGAAACUGAAGUGUCCUUUGAUAUAUUUCUCUCUCAAACUAUUUUGUACCUCUAUUGAUAUUAAUUAUUUUAGGGGCUGUUUUGUAUGAAUGUAAAUGUACAGCUAUAUUGUAAAUACAUGUUUAAUAAAAAAGACACUUUUUUCA